ACAACUAUAUCAAGACUCCAUUUGUCUUGAACAAAUCCAUCUUUCUCGAGCGACAAAGGUUACAGAAAGAAAGAAAACAUGUCUCUUGUGACAGAAGAGAUAAAAGCGAGUGCAUCAGAGAUUUACCAUGGAGAUGAGAUAUGCCAGGAGAAAUCCAAGUUUUUGUUGGAGGAAGUAGGCAUGCCAAGGGGGCUUUUGCCACUUAGAGACAUCGAAGAAUGUGGGUACGUGAAGGACACAGGUUUCGUGUGGCUCAAACAAAAGAAGAGCAUCACCCACAGGUUCGAAAAGAUAGGGAAGCUGGUUUCCUAUGCAACUGAAGUCACGGCUGUCGUUGAGAAAGGCAAGAUCAAGAAGCUGACUGGGGUGAAGACCAAAGAGCUUUUGGUUUGGAUCACACUGAGUGAUAUCCAAGUGGAUGAUCCUCCCACUGGGAAGAUCACUUUCAAGACCCCUUCAGGGCUGUUUAGGACUUUCCCUGUAUCAGCUUUUGAGAUUGAAGGUGAACAAGUUAAGGGUUCUAAGGGUAAGGAUGAAGAGAAACAAGUGAAUGGAGCUGUCGAAGUGAAGGAAGUCUAGAGUCCUUUUUCAAUUCCCAACAGAAGAAAGCCUUAAUGUACUAAAUAUCAUUAUUAGCAAUCAAUAAAAAAAAUGAUUUUAUUUUAUGGUA